CAUGCACUCAAGAGUGCAACAUACAUCCGGGUACUGGCUGCUGACUUAAUUUCGCCGUACUUCACAAUGGAACGCACACACGCACUGAAAGUGUAGGUGUGAAGUGCACGAAUUGAAACGCAACAGCCCAGGUCAUGAGAGCGGAAGUGACGAUGGGGAGUUGUGAAGUCCAAGGAUUGGUGAAGACACAAGGAGUUAACAACGCCAGCCAUCCACGCCAAGCAUAUUUGUUUUUAUAAAGGACUUCCGAAAGGGAACGGAAUCCCCCGGGAGUUUUUUUUAAGAGGCGGUUGAUAAAUAUGUUGCAGUUUAGAUUGAUACCCCUCACACACGUAGCCAUGAACAAAUGAAUUCGCGGGGUAUUAAAUUUAAAUUCCAUAAAGGAGAACGAGUCCUGUGCUUCGAACCAGAUCCCUCCAAGGCUAAAGUGUUGUAUGACGCAAAGGUCCUUGAUGUAUUGAUAGGCAAAGAUGAACAUGGAAGACGAAUCCCGAAGUACUUGAUUCAUUUUAACGGUUGGAGCCGAAGCUGGGAUCGUUGGGCAGCAGAGGACCAUGUCCUAAGGGACACUAAGGAAAGCCGUAAAUUGCAACGUAAACUGGCGCGUGAAGCUCUUGGUCGCAUGAAGAAAAAGGGAUGGGCAAAGAGACGGCGUCGUCAUUCUGGUACUAAACCCUCUGUGAAGAUUCUUCCUAAGGAGGAUGACAGUGAUGACACAUGCUUGAUUUCAUCUUCUGGCAGCAGCGAGGGCGAGGACUCUGAAGCAGAAUCUUCGAAUAGCGGAGACAGCACCUUCUCUGAGGACGUCAACAAAAUGGUUGAGCCAGAUAUCAAUGUCAAGAGGGAGAAUGAGGACAAAAUUGUCCACGUCGACAUCAGUAUCCCGGACAUUCUCAAGAAGAAGUUGGAGGAUGACUGCUUUUACAUCAAUAAAAGGAAGAAGUUGGUGAUGGUUCCUUGUCAGAUGAAUGUUGUGCACAUCCUGGAAUCCUAUGUGAAGCAUUUUGCCAUCAACAAGGCCUUUAUGGCCAACGAGCGGUAUAGGCGUCAACAGAAUACGACACAGAGCAGCAGCCCUCAGCCUAUCCCUCCAGAGAAGAAUGAGGAGUUGUGUAAGGAAAUGGCGGAUGGCCUGAGGAUCACCUUUGACUUCACUUUACCCAUGAUCCUCCUCUACCCGUGUGAACAAGCUCAGUUCAAGAAGGUCAGCUCUUCUCGGCUUUUCUUGGCCAUCAAUGAAGAAUCCCCCUGCCCCAGCAAUGCCCAGCGAGAACGCAGUCCCAGCCCAGUGGGUCACAACCCUCCGACACCUCAAUCAACCGACAGCCAACCUGCCCUGAGUGACGUUUCUGCUGCGACGCCCACUGCCCCCACACCGAAACGGCGCCGACACCCUGACAUGGACUGUAUCUCAUACCAGUCACAGUCUCUCAGGCGCUCCACAAGGAACACACCCGGCGGGGAGCGCCCAGCUGAAGGCAGCAGCUGCGGUGGAGGCAGUGCCACGGCGUCGCCACAGCUUAAACGCGGCUUGAUCGACACCGCAUCCCAGUCAAAGUUCAUCCUCAACCUCGACAGAAAAACUCCAGUUCACAGCGGCUCAUCCUCCCCAUUGCCCUUGACUCCAAGUAAAGAAAGAAGCGGACCUUUUCAUGGACUUGAGAGCCGGCGAAACAACGAGCUCAAUGAGGUCCUCAGUUGGAAGCUGACCCCUGAUAACUAUCCUUUGAAUGACCAGCCUCCUCCACCUUCCUACCUUUAUGGUGUGCAGCACCUUCUUCGGCUUUUUGUGAAGCUUCCCGAGAUCCUUGGAAAGAUGCAGAUCCCUGAAAGAAAUCUCAGAGCUUUGGUGAAACAUUUGGAGCUUUUUCUCAGGUUUCUGGCUGAGUUCCACGAGGAUUUCUUUCCCGAGUCUGCUUAUGUGUCGGCAUCUGAGGCUCACUAUAACAUGAAGCAACCAAGGCCUACUUACUGAAGGUGGCGAAUGUUCUUUGCCCAUCUUUUUCUUGUCGUCACACCAACAUACUGUACCCUCUCAGCAUGACGUUGGUUGUUAUAACCAUAGGAAUAAAAAAUACCUAUCUUC